GCGGCUUAAAAUGGCUUCCAAAAUCGUUAGUUUUCCACUAAAACUGUUGAAACUUUCAUAAAUGACAUGAUUUUGAUUGGCACACACGUGCCAGUCGACCAAACUAAUCGAAAUUAUAUAACUUCAAGGUUUUGUAACUGCGGUUUUUAAGGUCUCUGGAGACCUCAGCAUCUACGGCCAGCUCGAGAAAUCGUUUUGUUUUCAUCAACGAAAUUAGACUGCCAAACCAUGCCAUUUAUGAAAGUUUCAACAGUUUUAGUGAAAACUAACGAUUUUGGAAGUAGUGGCGUAACCAGGAAUCCGUGGGUGGUAGAGCAGUGCCCCACGACCUUUAAAAAAAUCCAUCCACGAUAGUUUAAAUUUUUUCCACAACUGAAAUACAGUUGCUCAAUUCUCACUUUCUUAAGAGAAAGACAAUACACUCUAUCUGCACUUUUAUUAAGUGAAAUUAUGUGAACAAAAGAGAAAAAGAAAAUGAAAUAAAUAAAUAAAUAAUAGCUAUUUCAACAUUAUUCGACAAAAAUCUUAGUGAAAAUAAUUAUUUUUUUGUUUCUCCCGGUAACCGGGCAAAGCCUGCCGGUGGCCGGGCGGCGCCCGGUCUAGCACACCCCUGGUUACGCCACUAUUUGCAAGCCAUUUUAAACCGCUGCCUGGAUAUUUCUGUUAUACUUAAAAAAUAGUUACCACAAAGUUAAUAACUGAUAGUUACCGUUAAAACAACGGUAACUAGAAAGGCAGUUACCGUUGUCGAUAACGGCCGAAACGGUAACUUUUAUAGUCCUAACCUAGAAGAGUCUACUAACUAAAUAUUUUUUUAUUAUUUUAGAGAACAUUAAAACGUGAAAUUCAAUCGUGUCCAAUAUUAAUUAUAUGGACAGAUUGUGAUCGUGAAGGUGAAAAUAUUGGUUAUGAAAUAAUUGAUAUAUGUAAAGCUGUUCGUCCACAAACAAAAAUUUAUCGUGCUAAAUUUUCUGAAAUUACAACUCAAUCAGCAGUACGUGCUUUAGCUAAUUUACAACAGCCAAAUAAUGAUAUUAAUAUGGCUGUCAAUGUACGUCAAAUAUUAGAUUUACGAAUUGGUGCAGCAUUUACACGUUUUCAAACAUUAAGAUUACAACGUUUAUAUUCAACAGAAUUAAAAGAAAAAGUAAUUAGUUAUGGUUCAUGUCAAUUUCCAACAUUGGGUUUUGUUGUUGAACGUUAUCAACAACGAGAAAAUUUUAUUAAAGAAUUAUUUUGGAAAAUUGUUGUUGAACAUAAAACAGAUUCUGAAAAAAUUUGUGAUUUUGUAUGGGAAAGAGGAAGAUUAUUUGAACAUCAUGCAUGUUUAAUGUUAUAUGAUAUGAUCAUGGAGGAACCAUUGGCUAAAGUAAUCGAUGUUAAAGGAAAAAAUAAAUCUAAAUGGAGACCAGUAGCAUUAGAUACAGUGGUAAAAGAAUUAGAAAAAUUAGCCAGUCGUAAAUUACGUUUAAGUGGUAAAAAAACAAUGGAAAUAGCUGAAAAACUUUAUACAAAAGGUAUGAUUAGUUAUCCAAGAACAGAAACAAAUAAAUUUCCAAAAGAAAUUAAUCUCGUACCAUUAGUACAAAAUCAAACUGUUGAUCCAAAUUGGGGAGCAUUUGCUCAACGCGUAUUAAAUGAUGGUCCUAAUCCAAGAAAUGGCAAACAAACAGAUCAAGCACAUCCACCGAUUCAUCCAACAAGAUAUCCUGAUCAACAACUUCAAGGUGAUGAAAAAAGAGUGUAUGAAUUAAUUGUUCGACAUUUUUUGGCAUGUGUUUCUAAAGAUGCACAAGGUGAUGAAACAAUUGUUCAAAUUAUGAUUAAUAACGAAAAAUUUAGUGCAUCUGGUUUGAUUAUACGAGAACGAAAUUAUCUCGAUGUUUAUCCGUAUGAUAAAUGGUCAGACAAAGAAAUUCCACGUUAUGAUGUUAAUCAAACAUUUUAUCCAUCAAAAAUUGAAAUGGUACAAGGUGAAACAACGGCUCCUCAAUUACUAACCGAAGCUGAUCUAAUUUCAUUAAUGGAAAAACAUGGCAUUGGAACGGAUGCAACGCAUGCGGAACAUAUUGAUAAAAUUCAAGAACGAACAUAUGUGGCUAUGAAUGAUGAACGUCGAUUUUCACCAGAAAAACUUGGUCUUGGUUUAUGUGAAGGAUAUGAUGCUAUGGGACACGCAUUAGCAAAACCACAUUUACGAGCUGAAUUAGAACAACAAUUAAAAAUGGUAUGUGAUGGACGUGCUAAUAGUGAGGAUGUUUUACGAGAACAGAUUGAAAAAUAUCGUCAAGUAUUUGUUGAUACGUCAAUGCAAAUACAAAAACUUGAUGAUUCAAUGUCCAAGUAUUUUGGUAAUCCUGUUCAACAACCACGACAACAGACAAUAUUUGGUGAUGCUACAAAUCGUCAACAACAGUUAGCUAAUCAGCCACGUCUCGCAGGACCAAAUGGUUUUCAACCACAAACUCGAAAUAAUCGAAAUGGGCCACAAAAUGGACAGGAUAAUGAUAACAAUGAUAAUGGACCAAGAUGUCAUUGUGGUGAGCGAGCAAGAUUGUGUACAGUGAAAAAAGAAGGUGCAAAUAAAGGAAGAAAAUUUUAUGGAUGUGAAAAAGGAAUGACAGAUUCAUGUGGUUUCUUUUCAUGGGCACCCGAUAAUGUACAACAAACACAAACUAGACAACCGAAUAAUAGAAGAAAUGGACAAAAUGGUCAACAACCUCAAUCAAGGAAACGAAGACGGUCAGCUGAUGAUAGUACAGACGGUGGUCAAACAACAACGCGUAAAUGUAGUUAUUGUAAACAAUCAGGACAUACACGACCAAAAUGUCCACAACUUCGUGAUGAUUAA